GCAGUCAUCAUCCUAGUCUUUCCAUACACUUCUGCCCCGUCUGAUCUAUUUAUUUGACAAUAUUAGCAAAAAUUGUACCAAGUGAAAAAUUGUAUAUAUUUAAGCGAAAUGGAAAAGAAGUCCUGGGUUGCACCGCUUACCUCGUUCACUCAAAGUAAUACAAGUCAAGACGACAACACAGCCCGCAGCUCGGGAUCGCCAAACCAAGAUGCGGAGCCUCGGUCCAUGCCUAAGCCCGCCAGGAAGUGCACCUGUGUAUCCUGCGCAUGCCCACGACCUGACCGGAAAGCCCAACCGGCAGUCCCUGCCACCCAACUUCGCAAACCUGUACCUGAGCCGGAAAGCCCGCCCAUUAAAAGCGAUGACGAAGAUAGACCCUCGAAACCAUCGACGAGAGGGUCUGAUCAAUCCCACAAAAGCCUUCACAUCACCAUGGACGACAGGAAUGAGGACUCGGGACUUGCGAUCGAGCAGGUGGUGGAAACGCACAAAUAUUCGUCGGAUGAGGACGAAGACGAGGUGGCGACGGGUCGCAUUUUCGGAGUUUCCGGACCGGUGGUGAAUGCCGAGGAGAUGGCCGGAGCAGCCAUGUACGAGCUGGUCCGCGUGGGACACUCCCAGCUGGUGGGUGAGAUCAUUCGCCUGGAGGGCGACAUGGCCACCAUCCAGGUGUACGAGGAUACUUCGGGUGUGAGUGUGGGAGAUCCUGUUUACCAGACGGGAAAACCGCUCUCCGUGGAACUGGGACCCGGCAUCAUGGGCAGCAUCUUCGAUGGCAUCCAGCGUCCCCUGAGAUCAAUCAGUGAACUGACCAACUCCAUCUACGUGCCCAAGGGCAUCGAUACGCCCUCCCUGCCCAGGACCAUUCACUACGAGUUCACACCCGGAAAAUUGAAGGUCGAUGCACUGAUCAACGGCGGGGAUAUCUACGGAUCUGUUUUCGAAAACAGCAUGAUGCACGAUCACCGCCUGAUGCUGCCGCCCCGCUGCAAGGGGCGCAUCAAGUGGUUGGCCCCGCCUGGGAACUACUGCGUGGACGAGGUGAUCGUGGAGACGGAGUUCAACGACGAGAUCACCAAGCACUCCAUGCUCCAGGUGUGGCCGGUACGCAAGUGUCGUCCGGUGGAGGACAAGCUCCCCAGCACUUCCCCACUCCUGACUGGCCAGCGCGUUCUGGACGCCUUCUUUCCAUGUGUCCAGGGCGGAACCACCGCCAUUCCGGGAGCGUUUGGAUGCGGAAAGACCGUCAUCUCACAGUCCCUGUCCAAAUACUCCAACUCCGAUGUCAUCAUCUACGUGGGCUGCGGCGAGCGCGGCAACGAGAUGUCUGAGGUUCUGCGGGACUUUCCACAGCUGGAGGUGGAGGUCAACGGCACCAUGGAGUCGAUUAUGAAGCGCACCGCCCUGGUGGCCAACACCUCCAACAUGCCGGUGGCUGCCCGAGAAGCCUCCAUCUACACGGGCAUCACCCUCUCGGAAUACUUCCGCGACAUGGGCUACCAUGUGUCAAUGAUGGCGGACUCCACAUCUCGGUGGGCGGAGGCGCUGCGAGAGAUCUCCGGGCGUCUGGCCGAGAUGCCUGCCGAUGCUGGCUAUCCGGCCUACUUGGGUGCCCGCCUGGCCUCCUUCUAUGAGAGAGCCGGACUGGUGCAGUGCCUGGGCAGUCCCGAACGUGAGGGUUCCGUGUCCAUUGUCGGAGCUGUGUCGCCUCCUGGUGGCGACUUCUCCGAUCCCGUGACCUCCGCCACCCUGAGCAUCGUUCAGGUCUUCUGGGGUCUGGACAAGAAGCUGGCCCAGAGGAAGCACUUUCCAUCGGUGAACUGGCUGCAAUCCUACUCCAAGUACAUGCGCACUCUGGACACCUUCUACGAGGAGUCCAAUCCGGAGUUCAGCCUUCUGCGAGCCAAGGCCAAGAAGGUGCUGCAGGAGGAGGAUGACCUGGCGGAAAUCGUCCAGCUGGUGGGCAAGUCGUCGUUGAACGAGGAGGACAAGAUCACCCUCGAGGUGGCCAAGAUGCUGAAGGACGACUUCCUGCAGCAGAACUCCUACUCCUCGUACGAUGCCUUCUGUCCCUUCUACAAGACCGUUGGCAUGCUCAAGAACAUGAUGGCCUUCUACGAUUCGGCGAUCCUGGCGGUGCAGAAUACGGCGGACAAUGAGGCGCGGGUAACCUGGGGAUUGAUCCGGACAAAGGGCGCUCACGUUCUGUACGAGCUAUCCACCAUGAAGUUCCUUGACCCCAAGGUGGGCGAAGCGUCUAUCCUGGAGAGCAUGGACAAGCUGCAUGACAAUAUCCUUGUCACUUUUCGGGAUAUAGAGGAGAAUGUCGAGGACUAUUAGAAGUUGUAAGGGAUUAGUGCUGGCGAAGUUCAAAAUUAAAUGUAUUGAGGCAUUUUAUAAGGAGAUAAGUACUGACUAAAUUAAAAUUGACAAAUUGAUAGUUUAGAAUUUAA